AACUAGCCAGUGGCAAAAGCAUCAGGAGGCCAAAACAGCUAUGCUGUUUGGAUAUAUAAUCUGCUGCUAACUUUAUCUGUAUACUAGGUGGUUAGGCAGCUGUUACAUAUAUGUUCGUUUACUUUGUUUUGAAUAAAUAUUGUGUUUGUGUUUUUCUACUUUUCCAACUUAUGAUGCAUAUGGAGGUACUUUUGUGAUCACCUCGUGUUUUUUACUUUCUACAUAUAUGCGUGUUUGUUUGCUGUUGGUAACUUGAUACUAUAUGCACUAGUACGUAGCAUUUAUUUAAUCUGCUUAUUAUUAUGCGACCACCUCUCUUAAUGGUUAGUAAGUACUGUACUAAGCUGUAAGCCUGUUAUUCACAUGCAGUGUUCAACUCCGUUACGUAACCGCCUUCCUGCAGAGAGAGAGGGAGGGAGGGCAUGCCAGCGUGGCGUGGCGUGGCGUACUUGCAUAAGUACACCGCCUUCCUGCAGAGAGACUUGGUUCGUCCCCGGCAACGGCCCCGGCCUCCUCCCUAUCAAGGUUGCUUGCUCAACUCCAUUCCCGACCCAGGCGCAGCCCCGGUCAAGUCGCACCGCUCGAUGGAUCGAUUGAAGAGGCUGUGCAAGGUGCUCGGGUCCAACUACCAGGAGCGGCUGGAUAAGCUGGGGAUAGCGGCGGGGCACAAGGAGAUGGACGAGAAAACCAGCAAGGCCCUCGAGCAAACAAUCCGAGUACUCGAGGAAGCCAAGGAAGCCAGGUUCUCCAAGCUUCAAGCCUUGGGGUUAAAGCUUCGAGACCUGUGGAAGUUCCACAAUACUGCUCCAGAAAAUAUCUUGGAGUUUGCCGAAACUUUUGCUUGCAUAGAUGCUGAAUCCGCAAAUGAAUUGACCAAGGAGAAGUCACUUUCCAUGGAACUUAUCAGUAAAGCAACUGAAGAGAUUAACACCUUGGAGGCUUCUAUGGUUGCCAAACAGAAGAAGAUGUACUUGGGUAAAAAACAGAAAUUGCUGAAAUUGCUUGAAGAAACGCACAUGGUACCUGCUGACAUGAAAUUUGAUCCCAAGAAAAAAGUAGAAUCUGAUUUCCCCAAGGCAAUAUCAGAUUUGAAGAUUAUGAUUAAACAAGUUAAAGUACAAAUUCUUGAAAGAAAAGAUAUUGUCAUGCGAAUUGAACUACUCCAGCAUGCAGUGAAUAAUUCACUCUCUGUGAAAACAUCUGAAAGGCUACUUCGAUCUUUGAAGAAUAUGGUCGUCCUUGAAGGAACAUUUCUAUUUGAUGGCAAGGAUGUCAAGGUUGUUAUAAAUGAAAUCGAAUAUGAAAUGAAACCAGCUUCAACAAAGCCUGCGCUUCCAGUAAAGAAGAGGAUGAGUGCUCGGCUGACUGAGUUGAGGGACAAGGAGCAGUCCAGUCCUGACCUGCCUCCCCCUCCCUAUCCUUCACGAGUUCGCGAUGGGAAUAGGGAACGCAGGAAGGGGGUAUGGGGCAAGGAAUCCAAGAGGUGAAAAGGCUUCAUGGACGCCCCGCGCAAGGCCCUUGUCAACAAGUCAAGUUACUCGAGUACCGUCCCGACUCCUCCCUCCCAGGAUCACUCGUCUGUCCACGAAGACUGAGCACUUGUAAAGUUGUGUGCUUCAACACGAACUGUCUUCUCAUUUGAAGGCAAGACGCCCGUGACCGACAGCAAAAUGAUAAUGUGGCGAGUAGUUUUUGUUGUGCGGACGUACUUUGGUUUGUUGCUUCUGAGGAUAGAUAGAUGCAUAGAUCUCAGCAGACCAUUCCAUGCGUACUGUCGCUUUACCUGGGAAAACAGUGGCCUCGGCAGGAACCUUGUAGCCAUGAAUCGUGUCAAGUUCCCGACUGUUGGCUGUUAGUACAAAUGUAGAUGGAUCUAGGAUGCCUGUGUUUUGCUAAUGAGUUGCUGGAACGUGCAUAUUAGAACUGUGUUGCGAGUA